AUGGAGUCAAAUGCCUUGAAUGGAAGGAUGACUAGGUGGAAAAUUUUGCUUUCUGAAUUUGACAUAAUUUACAUGAGUCAAAAAGCUGUAAAGGGGAGCGCAAUAACAGAUUUUCUGGCUAGCCGAGCUCUAAAAGAUUAUGAGCCCUUGAAUUUUGACUUCCCCAAUAAGGAGAUAGUGUAUGUGGCAGCUACUGAAGAGGACACUAUAAAAGGUUACUUUUGGAAAUUGAAUUUUGAUGGAGCCUCAAAUGCUGUGGGUAAUGGAGUUGGGGCAGUUCUGGCAGCUAUAGAGCGCAAGAUCAAGGCAUUGGAAGUAUAUGGAGAUUCUGAGCUAGUAAUUUACCAACUUCGAGGCGAAUGGGAAACAAGAGAUGCUAAACUAAUCAAUUAUAGAAGGCUGGUGUUUGGGUUAGUUGAAGAGUUUGAUGAUAUUACUUUCAGUUAUCUCCCGCGUGAUGAAAACCAGAUGGCAGAUGCUUUGGCUACUUUGGCUUCUAUGAUCAAAGUAAGCAGACAAGAAGAUGUGAAGCCUAUUCGGAUGAGUAUUUAUGAGGCCCCAUCUUAUUGUUAUAAUAUAGAGGAAGAAGAAAGAGAUGAUCAUCCUUAA